AUGCCUAGCGGUGCUCUGGAAGAAUGGCAAGAAAUCCAAACUGGUCUGUCAAGCGCAGAGCACUCAGAGACAGAUCCGUCAAAUGCACCGUCUGUUUUCUCUUUGGCGACUCUGCCAUCGACUACUAUGACAACAGACACGCGAUUGACGGUAGACGAGAUGCAGACAGCGAUUGAAGAGCUUGUCAGCAUCUUCUUCGACGAUACACAAAUGGCCGCCCUAUAUGAGCGGGUUCUCUUGGAAAGGGAAGUUCCAUUGGAACGUUUUGUCCGGAACUUUCGACGACUGAUAAAGCGAUUCGCUAUGGAUCUUCAAGAGGAAGCGCGAGAAGCCAUUGAUCUUGAUCUUGCACAAUUGAUCUCGGCCAGGGCUCGUCUCAUUUCUGACAAGAUUGGAAACAAGCUUGAGUUGAAAUACUUCAAUGAAACCCAACCCCAGCGCCAUAUCCUCCCCAAUCCGAACCUCAUAAUUCGUGUUAAAUACCAGCACUCGAUGCUAGACGAUAUUCAUGAAUCAAGCAGUGACGAGGAUGACGAACGGCCGGAGAGGAUUACCGCAUUAGUGUCUCAUGGUCGAAGCUUUAUCCUGGAAAGCGCUGCAUUUGAUAACCUACGACUAGAACUGAGGAAAUUUGUUAUUCCUAAUGGCUUGGAGGAAAAACCAGGUAUCAAUAUUCAAGGUGGGAUGUUUGAAAUUCUCAGGGGCAUUUUCCUCUGGUAUGCUCACGCCUGGGGACUUCCAUCAAUAGAUUGGGCCACAAGGAGAGCGGGAUUCUGGGCAAGGUGCGUGGAAGGAUAUCGAUACUGGAAGAAGCUUCUCCAAUUCUUCCUGGGAGAAGAGGAUAUUCCAGAGAAGCAUAAGCGGUUCAGGUGGAUAAACCGACACGGCAAGAGACUUUACGAUGACUAUGUUGAACAUGAACCCGGCGCACUUCAUGUUCUUCAAGAAUAUUUGCAGGCAACCACAAUGCCAAAUUCACCUGUGGGCGAUGGCAGUCAAAGCCAAGGCAUCUCCUCUGCAGCUGUUCGGUACACACCAGGUUCCAGCGGUCUUCAAGCAAGAGCCUCUACAUCUACCACUUCGUCUGGCGAUAUCACCGACCAAUCUAUUGCCACUCCCACCAGUCAGCCUGCUGUAGCCUCUCAAGGCAUAGGAACUGGCAAUCGAGCAUCACGUCCACUUCUCCUGCUCUCUUGCAUUGAGCGCCGUGGCCGGCCAACAACGUUGCAUCAAGAGUAUGUGACAGAUAUUACCGACGAUCGACAACUCUUCCAUACACUACGAAAGAUCUACUACAGUCACCGACGAAAGUUUGAAUCAUUUUGGUCCUUGCGAACAUUGCAUAGUAUCCAUUUCAUGAAAUUCCUUUACGCCGAUACAAACUACAUAGACAUCCGCUGCCAUCCUGAAAUCUGCAUCCCCGGCCAACCAUGCUCCUGCAUCCCACCAGCAACCCUCGUCCCCCCGCUCGGCUCAACAUACCAAUGCCGCCCCAUCCCAUCAAAACACUCACCACCUAUCGGACCACGCCUAAUGAUGGAUUUCUUCGCCGACCCAGACAGUCGAGUUCCAGGCUCAGACCUCGUCAUGCAACAACUACCCAAGAAACUAGAUACCGAGCUGACCUCUGACGGUAUCGAGGUCACAGAGGCGUGGGGCAUAUUUUACCGGGAGGAGUGGAAUUGGAGACGUAUCUGGGGCACACUGGGGUUUGCUUUUUUCCCGCCGAGUCUUCUUUUUGGUGUCUUGUGGGGAAUUUUGAGGAAGGAUAUUCAGGGGGCGUUUGGGGUUGCGAGUUGGUGGAUGGCUGGGGCGACGAUUUUUAUUGGGAUUGUUGGGACUUCUGUAUAG